GCUGGGAGAGGAGCGUGCCCGCCCACGAUGACGCGUCAGUGAUUGACAGCGGUUCCUUGUUAACCUUUCACAUCAAGAUGGCGGCGCCCAUGUCAGCUCCGAAGUUUUGGAAACCAGGCACAGAGGGUCCUGGUCUGGGUAUAUCUGAAGAACGAAUCAGUUCUGCAGAAGCGAGUGGAACCACAGUGAUUUACAACCGAUAUGCUUCCCUCUCCAUAGAGCAGCAGAGGCAAAAGCUGCCUAUCUUUAAGCACAGAAAUCAUAUCCUGUACUUGGUGGAGAACUAUCAGACAUUGGUGAUAGUAGGUGAAACAGGAUGUGGAAAGAGCACUCAGAUUCCUCAGUAUCUGUUAGAAGCUGGCUGGACUGCGGAGGGACGAGUGAUUGGCGUGACACAGCCUCGCAGGGUUGCUGCAGUUUCGGUGGCAGGCCGAGUAGCAGAGGAACGAGGGGCAUUGUUGGGUCAUGAGGUUGGAUAUUGCAUCCGUUUUGACGACUGCACAGAUUCCCAAGCCACCAGAAUAAAGUUCCUUACAGAUGGGAUGCUUGUCAGGGAAAUGAUGGCUGACCCUUUACUGAAGAAAUAUAGUGUUCUCCUCCUGGACGAGGCCCAUGAAAGAACUCUGUACACAGAUGUUGCUCUUGGCUUACUAAGAAAGAUUCAGAAGAAAAGAGGGAAUCUGCGACUGAUUGUGUCAUCUGCAACACUGGAUGCUGAGAAAUUUCGAAAUUUCUUCAAUCUGAAUGAGACUGCAGACCCCAGUAAGGACACGUGUGCCAUCCUCACUGUGGAAGGGCGGAUGUUUCCAGUUGAUAUUUUUUAUACCUUAAGCCCUGUUCCAGAUUAUCUGAAAGCCACAGUGGAUACCAUCACAAAGAUCCACCAGAAUGAGGCUGAUGGGGAUAUCUUAGCAUUUCUCACAGGCCAGGAGGAAGUGGAGAUGGUGGUUUCCAUGGUGAUAGAGCAGGCCCGAGCUCUUUCCCGCAGCGGGAUGAAAAAGCACCUUCGCGUUCUUCCUAUGUAUGCAGGGCUGCCCUCCAGUGAACAGAUGAAAGUCUUUGAACGAAUGUCUCCCAACUGCAGGAAGAUAGUGGUGGCCACAAAUGUAGCAGAAACCUCAAUCACUAUAAACGGAAUAGUUUUCGUCAUCGACUGCGGCUUUGUGAAGCUGCGGGCCUACAAUCCCAGGACAGGUAUCGAGUCUCUUGUGGUAACUCCAGUCUCCCAGGCAUCUGCAGCCCAGCGAGCAGGACGUGCUGGUCGAAACCGCUCGGGGAAGUGCUACAGAUUGUGCACAGAGGAAACAUUUGAGAAGCUUCCGGAAUCCACAGUGCCAGAGAUGCAGCGCAGCAACCUUGCCCCAGUCAUCCUUCAGCUGAAAGCACUGGGCAUUGACAAUGUGCUGAGGUUUAAUUUUCUGUCUCCUCCUCCAGCCCAGUCAAUGGUCCAGGCCCUAGAACUGCUUUAUGCACUAGGAGGUUUGAAUGAUCAAUGCUUCCUUACCGAUCCCCUCGGCUUACGCAUGGCUGAAUUUCCUCUGAGUCCAAUGUUUGCCAAAAUGCUGCUGGAAUCAGGGAAUUUUGGAUGUUCACAGGAGAUCUUGACCAUAGCAGCCAUGAUGCAAAUACAAAAUGUGUUUCUGGUGCCACCGAACCAGAAAAGUGCUGCGGCAAGAGAACACAGGAAGUUUGCUGUAGCAGAGGGAGAUCAUCUCACGAUGCUCAACGUCUAUGAGGCCUUCAUUAAGCAUAAUAAAAACUCCCAGUGGUGCCAGAAGCACUUCUUAAAUUAUAGAGGACUUGUGAGAGCCACAGUAGUCCGAGAGCAACUGAAAAAGUUACUGUCCAAAUUCCGAGUGCCGAAGAAAUCAAGCGAAGGUGAUCCAGAUCCCAUCCUCCGAUGUAUUGUUUCAGGAUUCUUUGCAAAUGCAGCUAGGUUUCAUUACAAUGGAUUCUACAGGACAAUUCGAGAUGAUUAUGAGCUCCACAUUCAUCCAACAUCUGUACUGUAUGGCGAGAAGGAGCCACAGUGGGUUGUGUAUAAUGAGGUCAUCCAGACUUCCAAGUACUUUAUGAGGGACGUGACUGCAGUUGAAUCUUCGUGGCUAAUAGAGUUAGCCCCACACUUCUACCAGCAGAAAACUUCCAUUUCCCAGAUGGCAAAGAAAUCUCGAGUUACCUGAUGGUUUAUUCUGCAAUUCCACACUCGCGCCUGCAAGUGUCAAGCCAAUCAGCUACAUUCAAAAAGCCAGAUUGUAUUCUUUUCCCACCAUCUUUGAAUGAACUUUGAUGCAGCUCAUGUCAUCAGUUUAUUUACUGGGUAUAUUUAGAAAGACAGGUUCACAGUGGAAUGUCUUAACUGCAGGGUCAGAGCACUGGCAAUCCCGCCAUUGAAGGCAAGGCUCUCCGUUCUACUUAAGCUUUAUUUGCUGGUUAGUCCAGUUUGAUUUUAAUAGGCCUGAAAAUUUGGAGAGGGCUGUGUUAGCACUGCUUCUUUGAGUAUUAGUUCUAACUCUGAACUCUGCUAAUAUCAGCCAAGCAAGAUGUGUAUAAAUUAACUGAGGGCAUGGAUUUAAACACAGUCAGUUAUGCCUCCAUGAUGCAAACUUGUCUCAUUAACAGUAUAAAUAGCUUUAGACAAACUUAUCUAUAUAAAAUGUACAUAGUUAAGUAGCCUACUUAUUCUAUAUUCAGGCUGUAGGUGUGGAAACAUUGUAGAUUAAAGCACCUUUCACAAAAGUUUCUCUUCAGAAGUAAGUAAGCCAAGCACUGAAGCUAAGGCUUCCAUAGUGGUCCGUGCGUAUUUACAGUUCAUUGUGUAACCUUCAUCUUCUUCUGUGAAGAAUAUUGCUUUCGACAACAGUGCUGAGUGGACGUGCUUUUACCUUGGCCUUUGUGUAUUAUUAGCAUUACUGGCUGUACAUCUUCCUUGUCAUAUUUUUUUUAAGAGAGCAAAUAAAACCAUCGUGUUCAGUUCUGGUGUAGAUUUUGCAUUUCCUUCCGGUUGUUUGUAGAUGUCACCGACACGGCA